AUGUGUUCUGAGAAGAAUCUGAUCCACAAGUUGUUCAAAGUGUUGGCCCCGCGUUAUGUGAAGUACAGCGAGUCGUUCACUGCUAUGCAUAUACUGCCACUCGAUUGCAGCAAAACACUACUCACCGGUAAUCGUGUCACCGGCGACGCGCCCGACCUUAACCAGGAGGCUGUGCUCGAGCUUAAAGGAAACCCUUUGCCGUCCGUACGGACCGAAUCGAUCGAUGGCAGGAAUUUCCUGACGAAUGCGCUCUUAAGGGCCGCUAAACGAGAGUACGAGUCCCGCAAAGUGGCCGGCGAUAAGCCUCGCGACCAGUAGUCACUAAAACCAUU